CGCAAAUCGUGUGGAAGCGCAACGCCGUAAUCGUCUCUGGCUUUUUCCCAGAGGCUGCACCGCUGACCUCUGUCUGAUAUCUACCCACGUAGUAUAUUUAAUAAACAACAUAUAAUACUCGAUCGAUCGCUUGUAUAAAUAGCGGGCAUUUAGCACUGCAUUGAUAUAGUCAACCCGUUGCACAAAAUGGACAUGUAUCGCGCUUUGAUGAUGAUCGGGCUUGUUGCACUCGCCGUCUGCUUGGCCAGCGCACAGCCAGCCGCGACGGAUACCCCCAAAACAUCCUUACCCGGCACAGCGGAGCUGCCAACCCCGCCGACGCAAGCUCAGCCGGUGUCCAGCUAUCUGUAUAAUCAAGGAGGAAAUGUUGUGCUGCAAAACGAAGCUGGUAGCAUCUACACGCGCCCCGAUGGACGUAAGGUAUUGGUUGGAGCUGGCGGCCAGACGAUUGUAACUGGAGGCGAUGACAGCGAUGAGGAUGACGAUGAUGAUACUCAAUCGGGAUUUAGCGGCAAUUACGGCAACAACAUUGUCAUCAAUGGACGAAGUGUUGGUGGCUCGAGCUUCAUUUCGAGCAAUGGCGGCGCAUUGGUCAUGAACCAGGCCGGAGAGGGCGGCUACCAGACGUACAACAAUCACCAGAUUCGUAUUGUCAACGGCGGUCUGCAGCUGACCACCGGCGGUCAGGUGUAUGAUUUUCCGGCUAAAGAUGCUAGCGUCAGUUCCCAGGAGAAGAUCAACAUCAAUGGCCAAGAGGCUACAGUGAAGUACGAGAAUGGCAACAUUGUUGUGGAGCUGGCUGAUGGCACAGUGCUGGCCAAGGCCGAUGGUGGACUCUUCAGCGGCGAUCGCAAUUCGUAUGUGAACAGAAAGCAGAUCCAGGAGGAUGCUGCCCGAGAGGCUGCCAAGGUUCAGGAACACAUUGCACAACUGCAAAAGGAUUUGCAUGAGCAGCUCAACAGUCAAAUGAGGAAGCUACAGGAAGAUCUAGAGCACACCCUGGGCAAUAUUCAUUUCUAGUUUAUUAAAUGAAAUGUGAGCAGUUGCCCUACAUACAGAUUUGCAUAUACUCAAAAUUAAUUGUCAGUUGCUGCUUAAACACAUUUACAUACUAUGCACGAGUAUCUAUAACUUAUUGUCGAAAUAAAGUACAUAUUAUCGAGCUAUUCAAAUGUGCAUUUAAA